AUGCACCAGCCCUCUCGCCCGGUCUCCCCUGCUCUUCUCGCGAACAAUGGGUCUCCUAAACUCCCCGACAGUAGCGAAGUCGACCCGUCGAUCGCCCGCCUGCGCGCCGCCUCACUUGUUAAGUCUCCCAACAAGCGAGUCAACGCUGAGCCCCUCUCCUCGGGCGUCGCCAACCCCUGGGUCUCCCCUAGGGCAGUCUCGCCGACGGACCGUACCGGCGUUUCUUACGCAAGCAUGGCGUCCCGUCCUACGUCGCCUCCGGCCCUCCUCGCUCUGAAGAAAGACGAUCUGCGAAUGACCGCGCCCUCGCAGCGUGGUACGGCUGCCCAAGGCGAAGGCCCCUCAGCCGUCAAAUCGGUGCAGCACGAAGUGAUAGACGUUGAUGAGACGAACCAUGAGGUUGUCAUAAAGGAAGAGGAAGAUCUCGAGCUCGACGCGUUGGCUCUCCGGCGCGCUCGCUCGGACAAGCAGCAAGUUGUCGCCAAGAUCAAAAACAAAAAACAACGAUCCAAGAAGAGCGCGAAAGCGGCCGGUAAGGCGCCUGCAGUUGUUGGAAAAGGGCUGCCGAGCUCGAUCCCUCCUGUCAACCCUGACGCCCCACCGACAACUACCACCUCCCAACGCUCAGCCAGCGAUGCGAGGAAGAGACGCCGCGUCUCCACCGAUAUCGACGGCGACAAUGCGAUGGCAGGCACAAUAGCACGCACCCAGGACGCGCCGACGCCUGUCGGACCCGCCCAGCAGUCAGACCGGAUCGACCCACCAGCAGUCACUACGUCUGACGCGGAAGAACACGACUUCAUCAUGCUCGAGCAGACCUCUAAAUCCGACAACGAGUUGGAGGCUCAGCGGCACGUAGAAGAACACCCAGGUUUCACCUACGCCCGUCGGGCGUCAGACGGCUCCUACACCUCCCAGAGACUCCACGCGAACAACCCCGAGCACGCCUACACCUACCUAAAGCGCAGCACUGUUCUGCAUGAGGGUGACAUAGACGACAUGUACGCAGAGACGACUACCUUUGCGCACGGACCACCACAAGCACAGGCCGGCCCCUCCAGGCAGCGAGACUCGAGCCGACCGCCUCAACGCUGGGGCGAGGACGUGGAUGAGGACGACAACGACUUGAGCCGUCGCAUGCGGGACGUCGAGGCGGCCAGUCGCGCCUCGCACUCCGUCUCCCACCGCCCUGCCCGCCUCUCGCCAGCGCCGGCACCGGCCGCCAACCUGCACCGAGAAGCUGAUGACCUUUUCGGACCUCGGAGGCCCCGCUCGCCCUCGUCGAUACACCCCCACCCCGUUCACUACGCCCCGGGCCCCUUUCCGAUCUUCCCCGCUGACCCCGCACCUGCCAAUCCUGUUCAUGCCGGUCCCGCACCCGCUGGUCUCGUCCCCGCCGGUCCGGUCCAGCCUCUAGCACCGGCACAAGGCCCAUCGCAGUCGGCGAUGAUGACGCGACCGCCUCACGGUGGAUGGCCCCUCAUUCAGAGCGCCGAUAUGGACCUACCCUUCCGCAACGUGCUCGCUACGCAAGCGGAGGAGUGGCGGAGAGCGGAAGAUAUGCACGUAUACAUCCACUUCCCUGGCCGGGGCGCUCAUGACCGCGGAAAUUUCGGACGCCUCUGCGCCGCUGACGACAUCCUGCGCACCGCCCUGCGGGUUCCUACCUCGACUAUCACCCAACCCAUCGCUGCUACUCCCCCCACGAAACCGAAUUCUAGCCCCCUGUGCUACCGCGUUGGAAACCUGACGGUGAGCCAGCGCGACCGGCUUAUACGCGAGGGCUGGGUCUCUACAUCGGGAGGCACGUUCGGAAUCAUAUCCCCCGAACCCGCUCCGUCAACCUUCAUGGCCGGCUUCCUGCACCCGGAACGACUCGGCAAGACGUCGGAGGAAGGCAUGGCGAAGGAGUUCAAGAAAGGAAUGAUGACCAAGACUAUGUGGGAGUAUGUACGCGCGCUCCUGACGAUAGAUAUCAGCACCGGCGGACGCUGGCGCCAUCUCACGGUCGACGACGCUCACAACUUCAUUCUGAACUCAAUCAGAGUCAGGAAAAUCUCCAUCCGCGACUCCCGGGACGACGAAGAGGAGCCUGUUGCGCUUCUCUAUAUGGAAUCUCCGACGGCGGACGCUGGCGAAUGGCAGAAUUUCCGUGAGCGCGUUCGCAACUUCACUUUUGGAGGUCCAUACGCAGGUCCCCCCGAGCUGAUCACACGCAACUUCUACUGCCUAUUCUGUCACUCAAUCGAUCAUCCGACGCACGCCUGCACCAUCCCAUCGACUCCCGGUUGGAACGGCCCCUCCCUCGACGAUGUGCGCGACGCACUGGCAGCUGACAGGCGGGCGCAGAACCAAGACCAACGCGGCCGUGGAGGCAGAGGAGGACGUGGCGGACGAGGCGGUCGCGGCAGAGGUAAUGGGCGCGGUCGUCGCAACGGUGACUCUAGCGGGCAACAGAGAACGGGCACUGUCUAA